GGGGAGGGGGCUCAGAGCAGAUAGAGAGAGGUGCUGCUCUGCUCUUGUCUUUGUAGUGUCACGGUGGGGGGGCAAGGAAGGAGUUUUUCUUUCUUUUUUUUUUUAUAUUAUUUGCUGUUCCUGGAUCCAGUCACUCUCAGCCUUGUGCGUUGGAAGUCGCCAGGACAAUCUCUCUCCCUUCCUGAUCAAGCUUUUUUCCCCUUCUCAAACCAAAGGGGGACGUUUCUUUUCCCCUCUUUUUUUUUCCAUAUCCCCCCUUCCCCUUUUAUUCCUCCUACCGUCCACCUGCUCCUGUGGGAUACACAGUAUCUGUUUAAGACUCUCUGCUUGCAGGAGAUUAGGUUGUGAUGUCUGCAUAGAACACUCAAACUUUAACUCUUCAUCUAAGUUCUGUUGAUCCUUUGAAUAUCCUCUGUAUGGAUCGAAUCCCCGGAAAGCCCACCGCAGAGAGUCACUUAGGACGUAUGUAAAGGUUGUAAAAACAAGUCAUGAUGGUGGAAUCUGCAUCUGAGUCCAUACGAUCCACACCGAACAGUCAGAACGGAGUCGGCAGCCUCCCCAACCAAUCAGAUGGAAGCGGAGGGAGGGACGGUGGUGCAAGUGGAGAGAGCAAUGGAGAAUUGACUCCAGCAGACCUCCUGCACUUCCAGCAGCAGCAGGCUUUACAGGUGGCACGACAGCUUCUUCUGCAACAGGCAACAGGACUGAGCACCCCCAGCAAUACGGAGAACAAACAGCCGUCCGUUCAGGUUCCAGUGUCGGUGGCCAUGAUGUCUCCACAGAUGAUCACACAGCAGCAGAUGCAGCAGAUCUUGUCCCCUGGUCAGAUCCAAGCUGUUCUUCAGCAGCAGCAGGCCCUAAUGCUUCAACAGCUGCAGGAAUAUUACAAAAAGCAGCAGGAACAACUGCAUCUUCAGCUUCUCUCCCAGCAACAAGCAGGGAAGCAGCAUCAGCAGCAGCCCAAAGAGGAGCACCUACCGAGAUAUAACGUGGAUGAUCUCUGUAUUUUGCAGCCAGUAUUGGGGAACAAGCAGAUUGCUUUCCAACAACAGCUUUUACAGAUGCAGCAACUGCAGCAGCAGCACUUACUAAACUUGCAGAGACAGAGUAUGGUGGGACUGCAGUCCGGACAGGGACCAAUGUCCUUGCAAAACCUUUCACAAGCUGUAUCACCAUCAGAUCUACAACAGCUCCUGAAAGAGAUGGCCAACAGUCAGGAUGAAUCCUGUAAACAGGACAGUGUAGACCUGACCACCUCAAUCACUACCUCGUACCCAACCAAGGUAUCACCUCCUACAGCUCAUCCUUCACUUCCUAAUGGGCAGGGUGCCCUACAGAAUACACGCAGGGACAGCUCCUCACAUUAUGAGUUCACCCCCAAUUCUCAUCCUCUUUAUGGACAUGGUGAAUGUCGGUGGCCAGGUUGCGAGGCUCUCUGCGAGGAUAUGGGCCAGUUUAUCAAGCACCUGAACACAGAGCAUGCGCUCGAUGAUCGUAGCACGGCACAGUGCCGAGUACAGAUGCAGGUGGUUCAACAGUUGGAGAUACAGCUUGCAAAAGAGAGCGAGCGGUUACAGGCCAUGAUGACCCAUCUGCAUAUGAGACCUUCAGAACCAAAACCUUUCAGUCAACCACUGAACCUGGUCUCCAGUAUUUCCCAUACCAAAAUGUCACCUGACACUUACCCAGACGGCUUACCUCAACCCCCCACCUCAGCAACAGCCCCCAUAACUCCUCUAAGACAGGGCACAUCUGUGAUAAGUUCCUCAAGCCUUCCCUCUCUUGGUCCUGUGCGCAGAAGGAUAGUGGACAAAUUCUGUACUCCUGUAUCCUCAGAGCUUGCUCAGAAUCACGAGUUCUAUAAGAAUGCAGAAGUCCGACCGCCAUUCACAUAUGCCUCUCUCAUCCGACAGGCUAUCCUGGACACCCCCGACAGGCAGCUGACACUAAAUGAGAUUUACAAUUGGUUCACACGGAUGUUUGCCUACUUUCGGAGGAAUACAGCUACAUGGAAGAACGCCGUGCGUCACAACCUUAGCUUGCACAAGUGCUUUGUGCGAGUGGAGAACGUGAAGGGGGCUGUGUGGACUGUGGAUGAAUUGGAAUACCAAAAGAGGAGACCACCAAAGAUGACAGGGAGCCCGACACUUGUUAAGAAUAUGAUUUCAGGCCUGGGUUAUGGAGCCCUGAAUGCAAGCUAUCAGGCGGCAUUGGCCGAGAGCAGCUUCCCACUUCUGAACAGCCCCCCACUGCUCAACAGCUCAGGCAGUGGCCUUCAUGGAGGACAUGAUGAUGUCACCAGCACUGGGGAACCUGGAAACAGCAAUGGUAGCAGCCCUCGCCUUUCUCCUCAGUACAGUCAACCAGUCCAUGUUAAAGAGGAACCAGCUGAAGAGGAUGUCAGGCCUGCCUUACUUUCAGCACCGACCAAUCAGAAAACAGUGCUGCCAGAUGAACGAGACCUGGAACCAGAGACAGCCAUGGAAGACUUGCCGUAAUGGUUUCUGAACCCAAUGAAUAAUUUUCCUUACCCCAAAGUCCAGCACUUCCACCAGAGACCAACUUUACCGUCUCCCCUAAGCCUCAUCCAGCCUGAACUGAGAGAUAAUGAACUUGACUCUCUCCCACUCCUUGGGGUCUUCCUCAGUCUGGCAGCACUUCAGUGACUUAUGGACUGGAGGGUGAAUUCCCACAAUCCUUUUCUCCCUUCAACAGAGUUGGAAUGCUACUAAUGACCUCUGACAUUGACAGGGUGGGGGUUCCAGUCCUGUGUAUUUAUCCCCCACUGCACAUUAUGGGAACUAUGAACUCCUCCUGCAACUGCAGUUAGGAACACCUCUGGACCACAUCCUCUGCCAUGCCCUUCAAUGCAUGCAGGAUUGGGUGUCCUUCCCUUGGCUCCCGCUCCCUAUUGCUAGCUGUUUCCCUGUCUGGUCAAUUCAGAAGGUACCAAAAAGAACCAGACUUUAUUUAUUUUGCUCUGCGUGUUUCGGAUCAAUUUUACUGCUGGCAUUCCUCACUCAUACAUGUGAGCACAUGGUACGCAAUACACAAGGACCCCUUAAUGCAUGGAUGCAGAUACAGCCACACUGUGUGCACAAAUUUACACCUACAUAUACAAACACAUGAUGUGCACAGUAGUACACACGUUGUAUGUGUGUACAAAGAUGUGUGCUUUAAAACAAGGGUAUACAAAGGGUUCUAUGUACAAAGCAACAUUGUGAGUGUCUAGAUGCCAAAUUGUGCACAGAGAUAUUGGCAUAAACUGCUCCAUAUUUGUAAAAUGCUAAAGAAUACCUGGUGCUGUAUCUUUUGGAGAAAAAAAACUAACAAAAAGAUGGUCUUUUGUGGCCCUUGUUUCACAGUCACCAUGUAACAAAAUAUCAGAGAAAAUAUUAACUAAAAUAUCAUUUUUUAGCACAGAUCUGGAAACUUCUGUGAUCUUGCGAAUGUAAUUCCACAUAUGUAGGAGUUAAAAUCAUGUGAAGAAAAAAAAAGUGACACUCCAUAGUAUGCUAGUUUGGAAAUGGAAAAUUGGUGAAAUAGACUUGUGCCAAAAAAGAUUAUUGAUGAUCUUUGCUAUGUUGGCCCUAUGGUGUACUUUCACAAAUUACACACAUCACUUAUACAUAGAUUUACAGUUUGUAUGCAGUGUGUACUCAUGCAGAAACCCUCUCUUAUCUCAUAGAACUACAUCCCUUAGCACACACAGUGUUUGUGGGUUAUGAAUCAUAGUACAUGUAGGUGGGCUGAGACAUGUAAGAGGUAUUUCAACCUUGAAAGAAUGUCGCACUAUUGGGACCAAUUCACUUACUACAUUCUAGAAAUGCUACAGAAUAAAAUCCAUGCUACGAAAACUGCCCAUUCUCAGCUCCAUACAUACAAUCCAUAAUAACACAAAAAUUGCUCAUGUACAAAUUCACAGCUAUUUACAUUUUCACAGAUAUAGCUAAUUGAUCCACACAUAGUAACUGCCUUACACAUUCCUAAUCACAAGCAGACAUUUUCCAUUUGCGCAGUAAACCUAGAUAUUGCUGGUUCUCAUACACAUGUACAAGUUGUUACCUUACAAGGACACACAGAGACACUUACAAUUCACAAACACUAUAAUUUCUAAUGUUCCAAUGUAUUCGCAAACAUACAAUGUAUGUUCUAAGCAAUGACCAUGUUGUCCAAAACGUCUAUUUGUCAUGUACAUACUGCCGUCACAUUUGUCGACACCGUCCCUUUUUCAGUAAAGGACUUGUAGGACUCUCCCUCAUGUGUGCUGCAUCCUCCUACCCCUCCCUGACCAAAGAUACCUCUCAUGCCAAAUAAACCAAAACCUCCUCUUACUUUGGCGUUGUGUUCAAAGGACACAGAAGAGAAUACAGAGGUCACCCAAAGCCAAUGGUACCAGUAUAUGUAUUACAGUCACAGAGUGUACCUAUCCCUCUUUGGUUUCUCCUCACUGUAUUUUACCUGCCUGUAUAAAUACACUUGUGGACCUGGUGUGUCCAUGCAUUUUGAAUGAGUGUGUGAGCGCAUUAUCUUUGCUUAGAAGAUUGAUUGGUGCUAUGUGUGAAUACCUCAAUGAUCAAUGGGGUAUAUUAAAAAAUACUUUUUUAUUGGGAUCUUGUGGUUUUUAAACCAUCCUUUGAGAAAAAAACAAAACACUUCAAAACACUUAUUAUUGAACCCCCCUCCUCUUGAAUAUGUCUGUGUCCGGGAGUAACAGUGCACACAACCUUGGUGUCCCACAUUUGGAUCGAAGCAGGUCAAGCAGAGUACAAAAGAGUGCAUUAAAGAACAGGAUGACUAUAAGCAUAUAUGAUGUGAAAGCUAUAAAGAAGAGUGUAACUCCAGCAAAACGUCUCUACCCGAGCAGAGGCUGAACAGCUAGAGAGCUCACUUGGGUCACCGGACUCUGCUUGUGUCACUGAUUAGAACUGGAUUUAGUUUGAUUGCUGAUUUUCUAAUUAACAGUAGGUCUGGUAGAGGAGAGUCAUUUCAGUGGUUCAGUUAGAUGUUUAUGGCGGCCUGAACUACCUUUAAGUGCAGGCCAGAAACGGUUUCUGAUUGUACUAAAAAUUGUUACUUAUAAAGAUGCUUAUAGCAAUGGGUUGUAAACCACAAGAUCCCUUUUGUUUUUUAUUUAAAUUUAGAAAUAAAAAGCAAUUUGCUUUUCAAAAAUCUAUUUUAUUUUCAUUUGCAGGGUUGAAACCUAAGAUUUCCAUUACGUUUAUACUUCAUUCGAGAAAGUAGCUCGAUGAGCUGUAAAAUAACGCUGCAGUCAAAACAUUUUUCUCCAUUUGAAUAUUUUGCCGUAAAGUUUGGUUUUCAUGAUUUGUCAUGCUUCUUUGUUUAGCUAAUGGACCCAUCACUAACUGAGUUGUGCAAAACACAGGAGACCAUUACAGUAGAUGUCACAAAAGGUUGCACCAAAGCAAAACCUCAGAACUCACAAUGGAACAUGUUUUCACUGAAGUUUAAUCUAUUAAACUAGUCAUACAGGUGUAUAUAUAGAUAUAUAUUCCCUGUUGGUCGUGGAUUGUUCUACAAAAGAUCUCCAACUUCCGGUAGUAAUAUGGCAGAUGUGACCUCAAUUAAAAUUGUUUAAUUAUUAUUUUUUUUUUUUUUUAAGUAUGUCACAGAUGUAUGUAUGUAAUAUGGGAGUGUGUGCAAAUUCGAGCUUAUACACAUAGAUUCCAUGUGAGAAUCUACAAACAGGUACCACCCCAAGUCUAUUCAUUUGGAUUUGGAGGGAAUAGGCAGGACAUAUUACCUCAUGCUCUGGGUCGGCUGAUCAGUGUUGUGGCUUCUGAUACUGUGCCAGCAUCAUUUGUAUGCAUGGUCACAGAUUCCUCGUGUACAAUAGGUUCUAGGUGCAUGAAACAUGUAUGGACAUUGGUAUAUAUAACACGCAAUAAAUAUAAUUGUGUCACAGAUCCUUCUAACUGUGUAACAGUAGAGGCCUCUUUGAUCAUGUCUAGCUAAGUCUGUAAUAACCAAUUUAAUAUUGGCAUUUCCUGACCAGUGUAUAGUUUUACAUAUUCAACAUUUAGAACCAUACGGGCACAUUCUGCGCACCAAGUCAAAAAAUAAUAAAAUAAAAAUACAGAUCUGUCACCUGAAAAAAAAAAAUUACAUCAUUCAACAGAGCAUACAAAACAAGUUAUAAAUGAUGUUAACCUAUUUUAAGAGGGGGUUUUAAGAUAUUUUAAUGAUAGGUUUUAGUUAACCUACCUGCUGAUUAAACGUACGCUCCGGACAUGUUGAAACCACAUCCUGUUUCCUGAUUUGUUCACUCGGUACACAACAUCAGUUAUAAAAUAUAUUGCAAAGAUUAAGGAUGAAAAAAAAUGAUUGACCAAAAGAAGCCACUGUGCUUACUUGGAAAUAUUUUAUUGAAAAAAUUUUUUUGUAAAAAAUCAGAAAAAUGCAAAACCACAACAUUUAAAAAUAUAUAUAUAACUAUUGUUUUCAAUGUGGUUGUAAUUGCUUUUUUUGUCUGGUGACAGGUCAAGUUCCUAUAGAUUCUGCUAUAUAUGGAGAAAAGCUCUGUCAGUGUAUAAUCAAGUAAUACAUAGACAGAAAUUGUUACUUUAACAAGGUAAAUACCAGCAUCACUACAAAGAAAACGCUAAUAGUGGGUCCUUCUGAAAUCUUCAAGAUCAGAAUCAAUAAAUUUGUUAUUGAGAAACAUA